AGGGAUCUCUUGAAGAAUAUUUUAUUUAAAAUUCAGAUGAUACGAGAUUCUCUUAUUUGUUAUAUACGCCAAUGUGUCUCCUUUCAAAGUCGAAGAUUAAUUUAUAACAGUAAAGUUUUAUGUAAAUAUCAAGAACAAAAAUCAACUUCUUCUAAAAAACCCAGCAAUUUAAACUAUUUUAAUGCCUAUGUCUUAGCAAUGGUUGGCAAUUAUGAUCCUCUUUAUAGGCUUUACUUGGAGCAUGAAUGUGGACAAAAACCGGCGGGUAAUUGGAAAAAUGCUGAUCCAAAAGCAGUUGAUGAAGUUUUAUUACGUCUAUACAACUUUGAAAAACGUCUUUUAGUUGUUGCUUUGGUUCUCUUAUAUUUUUCAUUUUUAAUAUUCUUGUACAUUGCAAUUAUAUAUUUUAAAAGAAAAAAUAAACAAGAGAAAAUAAAUUUGGAUGAUUUUAAAAAAUGGGAAUGUGAAUUUGAAGUACAAGAAAUUAUAGAAAUUAAUGAAUUUUUAGAAAAAUAUUUAUUUAAUGGAAAGGUAAAGAAACUUGUUUAUUAUUCACCACCAAAUGUAUUAUUGGCUAUUCUAGAAGAUGGGAAAAUGAAAUUAGUUGAUUGUAGAAAAAUAAAUAAAAAUUAA